UAUGGUACAAAACUGGUUAUUGAGCAAGGCGUGUCUCCGGGUACAGUGUUUGCCACCUUCUGGGCUGUUAUGGGAGGUGCCAUAGCACUUGGUCAAGCCGUACCUCAGAUGGGCGCAAUAAUGGGUGCCCGUAAUGCGGCCACGCGUAUUUUUCAAAUCAUUGAUCGGAAACCUGAAAUCGACAGUCAAAGUUCGUCCGGUUCAAAAAUUGAUAAACCGAACGGUGAACUGGAAUUCCGCGACGUUCACUUCAGCUAUCCAACACGACCCGAUACGAAAGUACUCGAUGGAAUCAGCGUUAAGAUACCAGCUGGCAAAUCGUACGCGUUCGUCGGCCACAGUGGAUGUGGAAAAUCCACUCUUCUCGGCCUGUUACUGCGAUUCUAUGAACAAUCAAGUGGAAAAGUACUAGUCGAUGGUGUGCCUGUGAAUGAACUGAAUUUGAGAUGGCUUCGUCAAACGAUUGCAGUCGUUUCACAAGAACCUGUUCUAUUCGCCACUACCAUCGAGGAGAACCUCCGCCUAGGCCAAGCUGACAUAAGUGCAGAAGAUAUGGAACGUGGCUAUAAAACACGGAUCGGUGAAGGUGGUGUGCAGCUAUCCGGUGGGCAAAAACAACGCCUGGCAAUAGCUCGGGCUUUGGCUCGUGACCCUAAAGUCUUACUGCUGGAUGAGGCCACCAGUGCGCUCGACACAGAAAGUGAACGCCUCGUACAACACGCUAUCGAUAAGGCUAGUGCUGGUCGUACCACACUUACUAUAGCACAUCGCCUCUCCACAAUUCGCAAUGCGGACUGUAUUGUUGUGUUGGAUCAUGGAAAGAUCAUUGAAUCUGGAACUCACGACGACCUCAUGAAACUGGACAGUGUCUAUAAACAGCUGGUAAAAGCUCAAGAGAUCGAAAAAGCCCAUCACCCCGACGAAGUCGUCAUCGAAUCACCUAAAUUGCGCCGUAUGUCAAGCCUAAGUCGACGCUCUACACUGGACAGCAGCAACGCUUCUACAACAACACCUUUGAGCAAUCGAAAACGUCUGUCACGGGCUCUAUCAAACGCUUCUGCAAGUGAGAAAAUUUUGGCAGAAAUUAAGGAAGAAGCCGAGCAACACAAUGUCAGAUCUGCUGGAAUCUGUGAAAUUUUACGAUUUGCCCGACAUGAAUGGCAUUUGCUUAUAUUUGCACUGGUGGCAUCCAUUCUAAAAGGCUUCACAUUUCCGGCAUUUUCGAUUCUCUACGGCCGAAUGUUUAUGUCACUCUCACAACCGGACAAUGAAGAGAAACUGAAUGGUGCUCAGUGGAACGCGAUCUAUUUCACGAUUUUGGGCGUAUCGGCUGGAUUGGUCACCUUUUUCGGUGGCUUCCUGCUGGGUUGGGCCGGCGAAUCGCUCACCUAUCGUCUACGAUCGAAACUUUUUGCGCAUAUUUUGAAACAGGACGGUGGCUACUUCGAUUCGUUGGAGCAUGCCUCGGGCAAGCUGACCACUCGACUUGCCACGGAUGCACCGAAUAUACGAGCUGCUAUAGAUCAACGUUUGGCUGAUGUGUUGCAAAGUAUUUCGGCGAUUCUCUCCGGUAUAGCGAUAGCGUUCUCGUAUGGGCCAAAAAUGGCCCCGAUUGGAUUACUCACAGCACUAGCACUCAUCUCAGCACAAACCAUCAUAGCACAGUACUUGAAACGACGCUCACAUGCGGACGCUAUGAUGGUCACUGAACCGUCUAGGGUAAGCGGAGUCUCUUGA